AUGAACAGUCAAGUGGAUACAACUAUUAAAAACAUACAAAGCUUCGUUGUUUGUCUGAUCAUCGUCGAUAAAUUGUGCGAGUGUCCAAAUGUGUUAUGUUUACCAACGGUCGCUGUUGAAAGUUUCAUUCUGUCUGUUUUCAUUUCGCUCUCAUUCUACGCCUACGUGUCAUACCUUGCUAUAAGAAAUGAAUGUCAUGUCAGUCGUAACACGAGUAGAGAUAAAGGUGCUUGUCGUUGCAUUUACCAACCAUUUAACUCGACCUGCAUUUGUGAAGAAUUGCCAUGUCCAUUAAAGGAUGUUGAGGUCAGUUAA